UAUCUGUAUGUUGGUAUUACUGAUAUUCGCGUUCUCGCCGCAUUUUUUCUGUGUGCUGUGAAAAAUUAAGUAAAAGAUUUUAUUUCCUUAGAAGUGUUUUAUAAAAUCGUAGUACUUUCUUCUUAUUCUAUAAAGUAGAAGGUUUAGAGUGUGUGGGGAAUAAGCGGCAAAAGAAAAGAAACGGUUAAUGCUUAAAUUGUGUACUCCAACCGGUCCACAGGUCACGCAGUAAUUAAUAUAUUUUGCACUCGUCUUAAACUUCAAUUAUUAGCAAAAAAUGGGUGAUUUUGGUGGUUCGACCGCGGCGCAUAAUAAUUUAAAUCAAUCUCAAGCAUUUGCUGCUGCUUUACAACGUGCAAAACAGAUUGCCGCUAAAAUACAACCGAAUGCUCCACCAUCUGGAGGAGGACCCGGUGCGGGAUUUAAACGUUCUCAUGAUGAAUCUGAUGCAGGUCCUGAGGUUAAGCGUUUUACCAGUCCGGAUGCAAAUGAUUACGGUCAUAAUAGUAAUUCCAACAUGAGCGGAGGUGGAUCUUCGUCUGGAGGAGGUCCAGCUAAUAUGUCGCAAGCUUUGGCGCAAGCAGCAGCUGUUGCUGCUCGUUUGGCAGCAACGGCCGGCAACACAUGUGAGGAGCAAGUGCGCUUGCCGGAUAGCUUGAUGAAUGCAUUUUACGGUCGAGGAAGUAGCGAUACGAUAACCCAUAUUCAAGGGGAAUCUGGCUGCAAAAUCCAAAUGGGUCAGCAAGAAGGUGAUCGGGUUAUUACGCUUCGUGGCUCGCGGGAGUCUGUAACAAAUGGGCGGGAGCUAAUGCAACAAUUGGCAAACCGUAACGGUGGUGGCAAUGUAGAAGUAGUUCUUACCAUAAAUAUGCCACCUCCCGGACCUACUGGUUACCCCCCAUACCAGGAAAUUAUGAUACCUGGUACAAAAGUGGGACUGGUUAUUGGAAAAGGUGGCGAUACAAUAAAGCAACUGCAAGAAAAGACCGGUGCAAAAAUGGUUAUUAUUCAAGAGGGUCCGAACCAGGAACUAAUAAAACCUUUGCGUAUAUCUGGAGAACCACAGAAAAUUGAAAUGGCAAAGCAGCUAGUACUGGAUUUGAUUGCACAGAAGGAUGCCCAAAAUCAACAAGCAGCUGCCAAUAACAGGCCUGGCAUGGGUGGGGGUGGAGCUGGUGGUAUGGGUGCAAACAAUGGCCCUAAUGGGGGCGGAAAUUACAAUAACUUUGGAGCCGGUGGUGGAGAAUCACUAGAAGUGUUUGUGCCUAAAAUUGCUGUGGGUGUUGUUAUUGGCAAAGGUGGUGAUAUGAUACGAAAAAUUCAGCAGGAAUGUGGCUGCAAGCUACAGUUCAUUCAAGGAAAGCACGACGAGCCAGGGGAUCGUAGAUGUUUGAUACAAGGCUCCAGACAACAAGUAGACGAUGCCAAACGGAUGAUUGAUGGUUUAAUUGAAAAUGUUAUGCAACGUAACCGAAAUGGCAGUGGCGGUGGUGGUGGAGGAAACAGUGGUGCUCAAAGCACUGACAAUGGUAAUUCAAAUUAUGGUUACGGAUAUGGUGUUAAUCAUGCCCAACAACCCGCAAGAGAAGAAAUAAGUUUUAUGGUACCAGCAUCAAAAUGCGGCAUUGUUAUCGGCCGUGGAGGUGAAACAAUUAAACUUAUAAAUCAACAAACCGGAGCGUAUUGUGAGAUGGACCGAAAUGCCGUUAAUCCUCCCUCGGAAAAGCUUUUCAAAUGCAAAGGCACACCAGAACAAGUGGAGGCUGCUCGUCAAAUGAUUGCCGAAAAAAUCAACAUGGAUUUGCCAAUUAUUAACCGUAAAUCGAUUAAUGGUGGACCGCCUACACAGCAACAACAAGAUGGUGGAGCCCAAGGUGGAUACAAUGCAGCCGACCCCAGUGCUGCAGCUGCGGCAUAUCAACAGCAAUGGGCUGGUUAUGGUCAAGCUGGAAGCUGGGGUGAACAAGCUCAACCACAGGCUGCUGGUAUGGGACAAGCUGCAGCUGGUGGUGGUGCCAGUCAAGCAGAUUAUUCCGCUCAGUGGAUAGAGUAUUAUAAAUCGAUGGGAAUGCAUCGGGAAGCCGAAAUGAUUGAACAACAAUUGAAAGCAAAACAAGCGGCGAGUGCACCUCAAGGACAAAAUCAACAAGCCGCCGCACCUGCAGCUGCUGCACAAACGGCUGGAGGUCAAUCACAGGACUACAGCGCACAGUGGGCGGAGUACUACCGAAGCAUAGGAAAAACAGAAGAAGCGGAAGCCAUUGAAAAACAGAUGAAAGCUUCACAGUCAUCGUCAACGUCUGCCUCUGGCCCUGGUCCGAUGGGUGGUGGUAGUAGCGGCGGUGGUGGUAGUAGUGGCGCUGCUGCUCCGACUGCUGGUGGUCAUUCUAAGGACUACAGUGCACAAUGGGCUGACUAUUAUCGUAGUGUAGGUAAAAUUGAAGAAGCAGAAGCUAUUGAAAAACAAAUGAAGAAUGUGCAGGCGAAUGCUGGUAGUUCGAUUCCUGGCGGCAGUACGGGUCCAAAUGUCGCUCCUGGAGCUCCUGCCGCACCUUCUGGUGGCCCAGCUGCCGCACCAGGUGGUGGCGGCGGUGGUUACCCACAAGGUAUGACACCCAGCCAAUAUGCACAAUAUUCCCAAUAUUAUGCGGCAGCAGCUGCAGCUGGAGGUUACCCUCAACCUGGAGGUUAUGGAGGCCCAGGAGCUGGUGGUUAUGGAGCGCCUGGAGGUUAUCCCGGCGCUCCACAACCCCCUGGUUCUGGUCCCAACCAAGGCGGUAAUAAUCAAAAGAAAAACGACAAACAUUAGCCUAAUCGUUCAGCCAAGCAAUGAAGAUCAACAUAAAGAGAUUUUUCUACAACGCUAAAUUAUCAAUAAGACCUCUAAAACAAAAACAAACCAUGUUUGUCAGUCUCUCUCUCCCCCUAACUUACAAAGAAAAAGUGUUGUUUCGCAAUGGAGAAAAAAAAAAGAAUCACUUUUUAGAUUUUCCAUGAGAGUGUUUUUUGGUUUGAUGUUCGUUCGUUCGAUGACUUGCAUUCUCAAUUAAAAUAUUUUUGUUUCGUAGUUUAUAAGUCAAAACUAAUUUAGUUACUAGUGAUAAAGAGUUUUUCAAUAGAAUUAUAUUUAUAUACUAUGCUUAAUGGUAAUUCAAAUAACGAUGAUAAUGAUGAUGAUGAUGCUAGUUAUAUUUACAUAUAUAAGUUAGUUGUACUACAUCCCUUGCUCUUAGUUGUGUAUGUGUCAGGAAUCAGAUGACCAGAAAAUCUAAAAACGGCCGUUUUUAAGUCAGGUUUGUCAUUUAUAUUACUUUAUGCAUACUCCUUCCUUUUGGUUUAAAAUAAAUCAAAUUCAUUCGAAAGCUUCCCUUAACCAAAAACGAAAGCCUAAAUUUAUCUAUUUAAAUAUUUAUUAUUUUCUUUAGCUCAAUAUAUUAACUGCGAAUAGUUUUUUUUUUGUUGUUUAUUUUGGUUCACCGAAAAGCGUGUUUCUGUGUUUGAAGAAAAAAUCAAAUCAAAAUAUAAAUCUGUUAUAUACACACACACACACACUGUCAUCAAACAUAUACAUAUACAUAGAUAUAUGCCUAUGUUGAAUGUCAAUUGCAAAAAUCGCGUCUUUAAUAUGCACAACACAGCACACAUGAAAUGAAAAUGUCCCUUCUUUUUUUUAGGGAUUAUUAAGGGAAUAAACAUACAAACAAAUAUAUCACAUGCUAUUUAAUAAUUGAUACACACUAUUGCAAAAAGAAUGAAUUAUUAUUUUUUAAUACAAAAUAUCUUAGUAGCACAUAUUUGUGAAAGCAACUCAAUUACUUUGCCGAAUACAACCAACCAACUCCCAUUUGAGCAGAUGAUCGAUCGACAUCAGCCUAUCAGGCUAUCACAAACACCCAUUCCCCAGACAUCCCAAGGUGUAUAUUUGGUAAGAUAUCCAUACUUCCCAUGCAACAUACAUACAUAUUUCUUUAUUUGUGUGCAAAUAUAAAUCAACAUGUUUAUUGUAAAUGUUUUUGUUACAUAUAUAUAUAUAUAUAUAUAUUUAUAUAUGAAUUACCAUACACAUACAUAUUGUAUUUUAUUUUUCAAUAUCAACCUUUGUAAUUUGUAAUUUUCAGGGUAAUUUAUGUGAAAAGAAAGACAUGAAAAGCCUUUAUAAGAAGUAAAUGAACACUCCAUAUUAUUUAUAUAUAUUUCCUUUUUUUCUGAUGAAGUGUGACACCAUUUGAAACAUCCCACAAAUCUUGUUUGCAUUCAUAAAAUUCUAGGUGGUUUCGAACACACAAACAAUGUAUACGAUGCCUCUGGGCUCACAACGCAGUACUUGGGGGUACUACUUUGUAUUAGAAUUCGCAAAUGGCCCAAUAACUAUGAGGACGCGUUUAUAUUAAACCUUAAAUAUGGUUCCAUUACCGUGUAUUUUCUUUUAUAUAUACGAAUUGUGUCGUAAUUAAUUAAUUAUUUGUUCAAUUGUAUUGUUCCUUCCUAUACUGGUGGCAACUUGCAGCAAACGUUAACAUGAUAAUAGUUAACAUUUAAGUCAAAAGGGUGAAAAUAGCAACAAGGAUUUUUUAUUCCCUUACAACUUCAAAUAUACUAACAUUGUUGUUGCUGCUGAUUCAAAAGUUAGUGGAUAUUUAUUAUCGUUGACCUUCAUAAGUUAAAAAAUCAUAUAGAAUUUUUAUAAAACAUUUUUUCUUAUAUUAUGAUUUAUCCAAUAUUUGGACAGCAACCAGUGCCAACACCAAAUUUACUAUAAAAUCAGGAAAAAGAUAACCAACACACAAGUUAAAAAAAGUAGAGAAAGAGGCCGGCCAGAAAAAAUAUCUCGGGUGAGAAAAUCACCCUUACUAUGUAUGUCGUAGUCGAAUUUUCGACUUGGACGGCUGAAAAUUAAAGUUAAUAUUUCAUUGGCAUUAUGUGCAAAAUCGAAUAAUUUGGUUUCUGUAUUAUAUGAUACUUGCAAGUGACUCAUCUGUCAAGAAAGCAUUCACCUCGAUUUUGUUCAUAAUACCGACGAAAUCAAACCGCGACCUCGCCAAGCUCUUACAGAUGUGCAAGCUCGUUCCGGUCCGCAUGACCAAUCACCGCGGAAACAUUAUGUCCAUUGAUUGUUUAAAGACACCUAUAAAUCGCCUUGUCAUAUCAAGUAUCAGUACUUAACCGGUGCCUUCCGGCCUCCCAAUUAGACUCUUCGUGCGAUACCGCCGAUUUCCCGCAACUGUAGUGGCAGUUACUCCAUAUGAAGCAUUCUACUAUCCGCAAACUGUGGAUUCGCCCGGUAGCUCUCAGCUGAGCUUCUCGUGAUGACGAUAAACAUCACACGUAUCGGAGCUCAAUGUUCCAUACUGUGUGAUGCUCAUGGCCAUCCCGUGCCGGGUGUCUUCAUCACCUAAUAGUGUCUUCAUAAAUAUGAGAUUUGGCAUUUGGACUUUUUGUAAUAAUAGCGGUCAGUAUUAACAAAGAAAUAAAUUAUAAAAAAUUUGGUCCAACAUUUAUUUAAAUUAACUUAGAGCUUUAUGGAGAGCUCCCAUUAAUUGAAGACACAUUUUGACUUUAUUCGCAAUGGGUGCAUUCAAAAUUUCGUCCAAAUCUUCUAAGAAUUGCAAAGUUUCAGACUGAUAAGAAUUUUUUUUCGUUGGAAGGAUCACCACUACAUGUUAUGGCGAUUAAGAAUUAGUAUCCCAUAAUAUUUUCAUAACAUAGCUCCGAUUAUAUAAAAGGUGUCCCAUAGCAAAAAACUUAACUGAUAUCGAGCAGUUCGCAUUGAAACUCAAUAAUCUGCAAACGUUAUUCGCUUGUUAGUUGAUACACAAAGUUUCUCUCCUUCUGUAAUAAUUGCGACUAUAUAUAUAUAUACAAGUUGUAUGAGUGUUUUUAUAACGAAUUCAGACAGUUUAAUGCAUUGUCUGUACAUCUUUACAUAGCUUUUAUACCGCAUAUACAUUGUACUUUCAUUCGAAAUACAUUAUUCCUCCUAAUGCUGGCAACAUUUGUGAGGUACUGUGUACAUGUAAAACUUCUCUCCAAAGAGGUGGCGCACUAAGGCACGCCGUUCGGACUCGGCUAUAAAAAGGAGGCCCCUUAUCAUUGAGCUUAAAACUUGAAUCGGACUGCACUCAUUGAUAUGUGAGAAGUUUGCCCGUGUCCCUUAGUGGAAUGUUCAUGGGCAAAAUUUGCAUUUGCAUACAUGAUUCUAUGAUAAAAGAAAUGAUAUGUGAUUUAAGAUACAAGUCAAACCGAUAACCUCAGCCAAGAUGAUGACACUUUCCAAGUUUCCUUAUCAUUGAAAUCUUUUAUGAAUAAAACAUUAGUUGUUGUUGUUGUAUCAAUGUUUUGUACACUAGGGCGGCAGCCCUUGCCGCUGAAGAAUCUCAACGGGUCAAUCCGGUACGUACUACGGGCUGUCAUGUUAGUGUUCUUUAUUAGAAUUGAGAUUGAUAAAAAUGAGUAUUAGUUGCAACUGGCACAUAUUUUGACAGCGAUUAUGAUCAACACUAACAAUUUAUACCAGACAACGCAGAUGCAAUUGGAAAGCAUGUAGUUUCUUCAAAUGAUUAAACUUUGAUUUUUUCCUCCUUGUUUGGAAAGGUUUUCUACCACAAUUUAUGUUAUAUGUUAGUGUUUAGUGAUUUGUUUUAUGCAAUGCGGUAAGAUUGGUUCUGUAUAUUGUAUUCUCUUUUUUGGAUUUCUUGAGUGUAAAGAUAAAUUUAUAAGGUUUGCUGUAUACAUUUUCCUUAAAAAAAAACCAUAUAUACAUAUAUAUUUCCAUGUAUCAAAUCUAUUUGCAGCUGUGGGACAGAGAUAUGCAUUUGCAAAAUACAUGUAUGAAAGAUUUAGGCCUACCUACCUUUUCACAUUAAAUGAAAUAAAGCGUGAUCGUUGUUUAUGGUAAGAUUUACUUCUUAAAAAAGGUGAUUUAAAUUUUUUUCUUAUUUUAAUAAAACCCAUUGCAAAAUAUAUAUUUGAAAUAAAUAAAUUUGAAAUAAUACAGUACCCAUACAAUAAUAUUCAAUUACUAAAAAUACAUCUGAAUUAAAGAUAAUUCUAGUAAUAAGCUAAGUUUUAAUAAAAAGUGAAGAAAAUUGUUGCAACACUUUUCUUUAUCUUGAUACGAAAUAAUCUGAAUUAUAUGAAAAGAGAACCUUGCGUAUAACAAUGAAUAUCGCUUACUUAAACAAAAUAAUAAUAAUAUUUUUAACCUUAGAAUAAAAAAAGAAACAAAAUACAUACAAUUUAUCUACAUAUAAAAUUUAGAUAUUUCAUAUUUGUUUUGAAAAGACCACAAAAAAAAACGAAAUAUGAAAUAUUUUGUUGUGUUUUAUUGUAAAUUCUUUUCUUGCAGCUCAUUUAAGUUUGUUAGACGACGAAUUACUCAAACCAUUCCCACCCCCCGACCAUGAACAGAUACCUUUGUGGUAUGUAUAGGUAAUAGAAUAUGCAAGAAAAAUAAAAAAUGCUUUCGGCCGAGAAAGAAUGAAUGAAUUCCUUACUGUAUUUCUGUAACGCUAUAUAUAAUUUACAUACUGAUAUAUAUACAUAGUCAUAUUCUUCUUUAUAUAAAACUGUUUUUUUUCCAAUAUGAAAUUUUAUCUUGAAAUUUUCACAGUCAAUCGCCCUAAGGGAGUGAUGGCCAACUGUUUUGUCUAAGAGAAAUUGGAAGAUGACGGCAUGUGUUUCAUCUUCUUCAUCGCUAUGUCGAUAUCCAGAGGCUUAACCCAACAAAGUAAUAUAAAAUAUAUGUAAAUAAUAAUAAUAACAAUUUCAAAAAUGUUCCGAAUGAUUGCGAAUUAAGACUUCUCAAAAUUGCAAUAUUACUUUAUUUUAAAACUCUUUAAGCUUUCCCCCCAUUUGAAAAUAGCCUCUGGAGAUAUUCUUCUAUAUAACGUACUAUACUACUAUAUAAAAAAAAGCAUCUACUUAAUGAUAUAUCAAACUUAUUAAUACACAGACAUUACUUAGAUGGAACCCCAAUUUAACAAUUUAAAACAUUAGAUACCAAAUGUAUUACAUAGCUCAACGAAAGGCUUUAAAUUUAGCUUUAGAGGUCGAAAGCAUAUUCCUUUUGUUUUUUAAAUUGUGUUUGAGAUAAUCAUUAAUUUUCGGUUAAAAAAAUUACUGUAUUAAAAAACAUACCGAGGGCAGAUGGUUCUUUGUAUUGGUCUCACACAAAAAUAUAACAGCACAUAUAGGGUAGUCGUUGGCUGUCUUCAAAUGCUAAAUCAUAUAUCUUUGAAAAGUUCCUUCCAAAUAACCUAAAACACACGUCUCAAGGUUGGUAGUGGGUAAUUAAUUCUCAUUCUUGCGAAUGAAUUCCAUUGCAAUUUCGCUUAAGUGUUUUUCCCAAAACCCACCUCACGAAUAUUCUCCAAUGGUUACACUUUUCAAAAUGUUCGUCUUAACCAUUUUCAAAGGCAUAUAAUUAGUGCAGUAUACCACUGGAAAAUUCGUGUGCUUAGAAAUGCAGGUGUUUGCAUAUUUCUAAAUCUUUGGUAAAAAAACACAUGUAAAUUCGAGUGUACCAAAGUUGAAUCAUUAUAUUUUGUGUCUUUUGGAGUUGGAAAAUUUGUUAGGCCAGAAAUCUGUCUGACUGCUUACAUUUGGGUAUAAGGAAUGUCAUCACUGACUAAAAGGAAGAACAUUUAAUACCACAUGCAUAUGUACACACUUUACACCAAAAAAUUUUAAGUAAGUAUAAGUUGUUGAUGGUAAGUAAAAUACAUUUGUUAAUAUUUAUGAUCGUCUUAAGUUCGCAAUCAUUUGACAUUUUUGCAAUUGUUUGUUAUUUUUCUAUCUUCUCAAAAUUCCUAUAUAAUUUCUUCUUUUUGUGUAUAUACCACAUACUACAUAUAUACAUGGCUGUUUGACUAGCAGCAACCUGUGUGUUUUUUAAUUCUAUUUACAGGUAUUAUACUUUUCAUAUUUUAUAAUGCCCUUAAAGUGUAUUUUUGACAUAAGUUGUUUGUUUUUUUUUUGUCAUUAAUGAUAUUCAUAAAUUGUUUCUUGAACACUUGAAUAAAAAUGUUUUUAGAAUUAAA